AUGGCCGUCUCUUGCCACGUUCGCUCUAACAGUUUUCCCUCUAGACCUCACCCACAAGCUGCUCAUGUCGAUGAGCAGUUGACCAGAUUGAGAUCUUCUGAGGGAGCCUCAACAUCUUCCUCAAGCUCUUCUUAUAUCUGCAAAAGACUUGACAACCUUCAAGAGCUACACGAGUCUCUUGACAAGCUUAUUCGCUUGCCCAUUACCCAACAUGCGCUAGCACAAGACCAGAACAAGAAAUAUGUGGAGCAGCUUCUUGAUGGAUCUCUUAGGAUCUUGGAUUUGUACAACGUUUCCAAGGAUGUUUUGUCGCCGAUGAAAGAGAGUCUCAUGGAGAUCCAGUCGAUUCUAAGAAGAAAGCGUGGAGAUCUAUCUGGAGAGGUCAAGAAGUAUUUAGGCUUAAGGAAAUCCCUCAAGAAGACAUUCCAGAAAGUACAAAAGCCUUUGAAGGUUGCGCAAGACGAAGCAUCUUUGGCUGUGUUUGGAGAAGCAGAAGCUAUUACAAUUGCUUUGUUUGAUUCUCUCUUCAGCUACAUGUCUGGAUCAAAGACUUGUGGCAAAUGGUCACUUGUUUCUAAGCUAAUGAACCACAAGAAAGUUACAUGUGAGGCGCAAACAAACGAAUUCACAAGGGUUGAUUCCGACUUUCAGUCUGAGAAGACCUUGAAGAUAGAAGAUGUUCAGAUCUUAGAGUCAUGCAUUCAAGAUCUUGAAGAUGGACUUGAAUCUCUCUCUAAAUCUUUGAUUAAAUAUAGAGUCUCAAUUCUUAACACCUUAGGCCAUUAA